UGACGUUGGGAGUUUUCAAAAGAUAGCCAUAAUAUUAUAUUAUUCUAUAAUCAUGGUCUGAACUUCCUACAAAUGAUGAUGUCUGUUUUACACGGACUGUAGUCCGUGCUGUUUUAUUAUUUAUCACUUGAUAACACCAUAGAUAAUAAAGACAUUAUCUAUGGAUAACACGUCUGAUAAAUGAUAAUUUAAAACACUUUGAUAGCGAUCGAGAGUUCCUCAGUAUUUCGUGCGCAAAAUAUAUUGAUGAUGAUGUACGGUUCUGUGGUUGUCGUCUCCCGUCCGACGGUCGAUCGUUUAGCGGCGUUUUGCUAAAUCCCAACAGUUUCACUUCACGCUGUUUUAUCGGGUCACCGUCAUAAAAAUAUAAUAUCGUCACCAUUAUCGUCUGUCGUGUCCCGCGCACCACCGAUGGACUCGUGUCACCGACGUCGGCCGACACGUUGGAUCGAUCAAAAACAAUGUUAGAACUCGGCGUGCCGAAAAAUGUUUAGUAAAAAAGCACAAACGGACGUGAAGAAAUCGGCACACAAGAUAUUGGACCCGAAAAAAGACACAGCCACCAGAUUCAAACAUUUGAAAUUUUUAUUGGACAAUAGCGACGAAAAUGAAUCUAAACAUUUGUUCGAAAGCAACUACAGCAGUAUCUAUCAAAUAUUUUAUGAAAGUUUCAUUAGUGUUGAAGCCAAUUUGAAACAAAGAGUUACUAAAAUUCAUAGAGAUGAACUUGAUACUAUUCUAAUAAUCUUAGAAAAAGUAUUAACAUUAUGUCCAGAAAUUGUAGCACAAAGAUGGCAAUGUCACAGUAUGUGUAUGAUCAUUACCAAACUAUUACAUCCCGAAAAUUCAUGGCGGUUGAGACGUGAUGGGAUCAAGUUUUUUAUUUUAUGGUAUCAAAUUUUGGGACAUAAUGCACCUGACUCAGUACAUGCAAUAUUUGCAACACUUGUACCUGGAUUCUCCAGUCCAAUACCCGAACAUCCCGGAUUGGCCGCACUCUGGAAUAGCCAUUCAUCUUCUAUUAAUUUGCAUGAGAAUUUGUUGAGCCCAGUGGGUACUGUAGAAACUAAUCUUUUAUAUGCACCACAAAUGGGUGAAAAGCAGCCAGACGAUGUAGUUAAAUACUAUUUAGAAUCCCUUCUAGAAUUAAUGGUUAAUCAGGUUCCACGUAUAAUGUGGAAAGAUCUAAAAAACUGUCAAAGACGAUGUUUUAAUUAUUUAUUUGAAAAAUUCAAACAAUUUUAUUUACCUGCUAUUUUUCCGGAUUAUUCAACAGCUACUAACGUUUACAAACAAACAACAGACCUGCCAGAUUGUUCUAAUCAAAGCAGAAAUGAUACUAAUAGUAGUUGUCGAGUAUGUGUUAUAAAAUGGCUUGCUGGAUACACUCAAGAUAUUAAACAAAAACACUACCCAAAUAUUCCUUUAAUAUCAAAAUUCAUUGGAGACAAAGCUCAAUUAGUAGCUUUUGAAAUUGUCAGGGAUACUUUAUACAAAUCAAGAGAAAACGUAAAUUUAAUACAUGAAAUAUUUCGUCAGGCAUUCUUAUUGAAUUUUAGUUGGGCUAUGGCAAUAAGGAGAACUAUUGCUGUGUACAAAGAUUGGAUUCAAUUAAGUGUGUCUCAACAACCUCCUUUCAUGUUGGAUCCAGAAGGAACAAAUGCACAAAUGUCUGGUUUAGAUCAUAAUGCAGAAGAAAUUUCACCAGUUAAAUACGAACCAAAAUAUGGUGAUAUUAGAGCAGGAUUUCAGAAUGUCAUUCAAUUAUUUAUGACAAAUGCAUUACAUGUAUUUGUGGCCCAAAGUGGUACUGAGUAUCCAAUGUUGUUGGAAGAACAAGUGGAUACCUGCAAACGAGUUUUGAAUAUUUAUAGAUAUAUGGUCAUGCAUACAUAUAUGUCUUUAAAAACUUGGGAGCAAUUACUAAAUGUUCUAUUAAGGAUAACUACACUUGUUUUGAAUAAAAAACCACCCAGGCGAAAAGAAGACACUUUAUCUGGAAAGUUAGCUCCAGCAAUAUUUCAGACUUUGAUUGUAACUUGGAUAAAAGCUAAUUUAAAUGUACCUAUUUCUGAGAAAUUAUGGGAUCAGUUUCUAACAGUACUUUGUUCACUCACUCAAUGGGAAGAACUCAUAAGGGAAUGGUCGAAAACAUUAGAAACUCUAACAAGAGUAUUAGCCCGGCAUGUCUAUGGUCUGGAUUUAGCCGAUUUGCCAUUAGAUCGUAUUUCGGAUAAAAAAUCAAGAAGAAAACGUGGAAGUACUACACUAAACUCUGCUUAUAAUAUGUGUAAUUUGUCACACACACGAGUAAACCAACAACGAGGUUCAGUGACAGAUAAUCAAUCAGAUAAUACCAUCAAAAAACGAACAUUUAUAAAACGAUCAAAUAGUGAUUCAGACAUAACAUACAGCUAUUUAUUUCAAAAAUAUAGUGAAACUGAUACGGUCUUCAAUAUUACAGAAACACCAACAACAGAUGACCUUAAGUAUAGCUGGAAGGAUGAAAAAUCAUCAAAGUGUUUGUUUAAUAUACGAAAAUGUCAUUCUUUAGAAAAUUUAACGCAAUUAUUAAUGUUACGAAUGCGAGACACACAUUCAAGGUCCCCCUCUCCAGUACCCUCAACUGGUAUGGAAAGCAGCUUAUUUAAAGAAGCACACAUGCAAAUAGAAAUUAUGUCUUCUCAACAUCCUUCGUCAGAAAAAGUAACCAAUAAAAAGUCAGUUAUGUCUGGUGGUGAUGUAAGGGGAUGGACACCCGAUGUUGCUGCAAUACUAUGGCGUCGAAUGCUCAGUGCUCUUGGAGAUGUAAAUACUUUAGAAAAUCCAUUACUUCACGAACAAGUAUUUCAAUACUUACUGGACCUCAGUACAACUAUGACCAAAAUAUAUCAAAAUCAAGGUAUGGUAGAAGAAGAGACAUUUGUAUCUCUUGAACUAGUACCACCAAUUUCUGUGAUUUCGCCUUGGUGUUUUCAGGCCCUGAAUUUACCGAAAGCUUACAGAAAUGGUAAGCUCCAUGCAUAUAAAUUGUUGUGUCAGAUGACUUUGAAUAAUAGAGAUAUUCCCCAGGGACCAAAAUAUGUCACACAAUUUUUUAAAGUUCUACAUUAUGGUUUAACUUCUAGUGAUCAAGAAGUCGUCAAUACUAUAUUAAAAAAUACUGGUUCUGAAUUUUUUUCUCACCAACUUCCUGGUUUCACAUUACUUACAUUAGAUUUUGUACACGCAUGCAAUGAAGUUCUUAGUGGAACAAAUGUUGUUUUGGCUCCACGUGCUGAAGCCGUAUCUAUAUUGGGCUCUCUGUUAAGUUUUCCUUCAAACCUUACCAAAGUACCUUAUCUUAAACCAGAUUGUCAUCAAUUUGUUAUAACAUAUUGUCCCGAUAUAAAAGACACAGUUAUAACAAUUAUGUUGAAAGUAGCCAAAAGAGAACCAUCAGGACUAGCAAGAUGUAUAUCUUUGUCAAAUUUAGGUAUUUUUUUAUGCCAAGAAUUAAGUAACGCUAGUAGACAUCCUUGUAUUAAAGAAGCAAUCAUCACAUUAUUACAUGCAUUACAAUUUAAGAAUGAGAAAAUUUCCCAAGUAGCUUGUGAUAAUGUUCUGCUACUCUGUGAUUAUAUACCAAACUUGUUGAAACAUUAUCCUGAUAUUCCAUCAAAAGUCCUCGAGGUGUUAUCUGCAACACUGGCAAGUAUGUUACCAAUUGGUGACAGAAAUAAACGUUUAUUAACAUCUUUAGUAUUUUGUUUGGCGGAAUGGACAAUGUGUAUGCCUGUACCACUUUUAUUAGAGCUACGGUCUAAGCAGAGCUUGUCAAUGACUGUAUUCAUGGUUAUUGAUGCUUUGAGCAGAACAUGUAAUGAUAAAACAAUUGAACGUUUAAAAAAAGCAACAGAAGUAAAUUUAGAAUAUUCAAAUGAAUUCACAUUUGAUAUUACAUUAGACAAUUUAAAGUCUAGUGAGUCAAAAAGCAAUAAUAAAUUUGGUGAUCAUAUUAUGACACCUACUCAUUUAAAUAGUACCCGACACUCGCUUCAAAUUGCUACUAGAAUGAUAAUUAACCAUUUAUUAAAUCAUUUGGGUCAAUUUCCAAUGCUAAUUGGGCCUGCAAGGUUAUGUUCCAUGGUAUCAGAACACGAUGACACUUUAAAUUCUAUUUCUGAACAAUUAACGAUUGACAUAUUUACUGUCCCCAGCAUACAGUUAUUUAUGUCUGUUACCAAUAUGUUGGUCAUGUCUAUAAUUGAGUUACCCGCAUUGGAAGUACCAGGCGGAGGAAUCACAGCUGGUCUGAGAACUGGUUUAAAUCAAGUGCGAGUUCUGCAACGAGAUUUAGUCGGAAAAUCAUGCUGGGAUAUUUCACCACUGUAUUGUAGUCCUAACUGUGAACAUGAAAAUGAUGAUAGUUUGUUUAUAACCAGCCAUAUCCAAAAAAAUAAUGAAGCUGAAGAAUCAAUUGUUGUAACAUGUAGUACAAACUGUCAAAUCCAACAUACCAUACGUCACCGAGCUCCCGACGUUUUGCCAACUUUAGAUAAUUCUGCAGAUGAUCUUGAUAAUCUAGAUGACUUACUCCAGUACAUUGGCUAUACGAGUUCUGAAUGUUUAGAAGACAUGGAAAUUUUGCUGAACAACCCUGCAGUAAAGUCUCCAAUGACUUCACAAUUAGAACAAGAUAUCAUGAGUACAAUUUUAGGACAACAGUUCAUGGACAACAGUUACACAGAAAAAUUGAAUGCUGUUCAUUAUAAUCAUAUGGAGAAACGACCUCAAUGUAGUGUACAUAAGUCUCCGUUUCAAAAUGGCCGUGCCCUGUUUUCGGAAUUAGGUUUUACCAGCUGGGACCAACGACGACAAAUCUACCAGCUUGAACGCAACGAAAAGGUCCUGAGAGAACUUCGCGUCCUUGACGCCCAGUGUUGUAGAGACACUCAUAAGAUAGCAAUAAUUUACGUGGCCGAAGGCCAAGAAGAUAAGGUAUCAAUCAUAUCAAACACUGGUGGCAGUCAGGCGUACGAAGAUUUCAUUUCAGCACUAGCUUGGGAGGUUGAACUGGAAACUCACAAUGGUUUUAUGGGUGGACUGCAACGAAACAAAAACGCCGGUACGACAACCCCGUAUUAUUCAACGUCGUUCAUCGAAGUCGUAUUUCACGUGGCCACUAGAAUGCCAACUACAACCACCCAAGAAGCAUACAUACAAAAAGCCAGACACUUGGGAAAUGAUGAAGUGCACAUUGUAUGGUCAGAACAUUCCAAAGAUUACAGACGUGGAAUUAUCCCAACAGAGUUCUGCGAUGUUUUAAUUAUAAUUUACCCUCUACCAAACAAUUUGUUCAGGAUUCAAGUCUCUAGAAAACCAGAAGUACCAUAUUUCGGGCCACUUUACAAUGAGGUCAUCGUUCAAAAAUCAAUAUUAGCCAAUGUUGUGCGUUGCACAGCAAUAAAUGCAUCGUGUGCCAAACGUAGCAUGAUACCUUUUUACCAACAAUACUACGAAGAGAGAUGGCGGUCGUUAGACAUGAUCAUGAAGAAUUACAAACACUCCAGCACCUUUGAAGAGUUUAUAUCGAACGUAUACUCGCCCGUCCAAACCACGUCGCCAUUCCAACAACAGCCUUACCUUAGGAGCAAUUCAGAAAAAUACAAGUCCGACGAUUACGUAUUGUCCGGUUCGUCUUCGUCCAAUUUGGCCGCAGCACUCAUAGACUCAUCUCACCGGAAUAGGAACGCUAAAGGGUUGUCAAUAGAUUGGUCUAAGAAGAACGGGACUGAUGUGGAUGUGUUAAUAUCAGCUGGGAUAUCGCCUAGGCCCCACAAGAAAUUAACUUCACAUCAGAAUCUCAUGCGAUAGCGUUAUCGAAAUUAAUGUUGAUGCGGAAAUGCAAACCGUCCGCCUGCAGUGAAGAAAGCACUCACCAACACCGCCUGCACUUCUGCCGUCCAUACACAAUAUUAUAAUAUAUAAUAGUACCUAUAUAUAUGCCAUAUAGAAGUGUCUGUUCGAUCCGUCGCCGCCGGAAGAGGAGAUCGCCAACCGGAAAUCCUCAGCGGCCACUUCCGGGCGGCUGCUGAUUGCUGACGCGCUUUGGCGGUCGUCGUCGAGUAUUGUACGAGACGCGUUCAAGAAAACGACCGCGGAAGACGAUCGAGCGGUACACGUCGUGCGCCAAAGUACAAAAUAAUUCAAAAAUUCACUAACAUAGUUUCCUCGUCCUAUCCACUCCCGACUAUUUUCGCACCACAUAUUAUUAUACUAAUAAGUUACCUACUAUUUUCGUUUUUACUUUCGACUACACGACAGUUCUCUCAUAAUUAUUAUUAUUAUUAUUAUUAUCUUAACUAUUUCUAUUAUUAUUAUUAUUUCUACCGAUCCGUCCUGUGUGUACUUAAGCCGUUGUUUUAUUUAUAUCUACUCUCGGAAACCUAGACUGACUCUGUUCUAUUCCGCAUAUAAUAUGCGCCCCAACUAUACCUACCUACUAAAUACUAUGUGCUAUAUUAUAUAAAUGUAUGUAUGUGUUGCAAUUGUGACACGACAAUAUACCUUAAUAUCUGCGUUUUGUUUUUUCGACACAUGUCGUGCAUGUCACCAGGAGGUACGCUUCUACUAUUACACCAAAUAAUAUUAAUUAACACCUGUUAGUUGUGCCCCCCGGAUUCCCUCGUCAUAUACGACUCUCUAUGUACGGCGAUAUCGGGUCGCGCUUAUAAUAUUUACAAACGCAUGAUAAUAUGAUAUUAUAUUAGGUAU